AUGGAUCCAUUAAGCAUUACCGCCUCGGCAUUGGCCAUGAUCACGGCUGCGGCCCAAGCAACAAACGUUCUUUGUGGUACUGUGAGCCGAUACAAAGAACGUGACAAGAUGUUGCGCCAGCUUUAUAACGAGCUAGACGACCUCAAUAAGAUUUUGAAGAGCCUAGGCGCAGCUGUCGACGUUUUGGAUACUUCUAUGUGGACGCUCCUCGAAGGUCCUGUCAAACGAUGCGGCACCAUGUGCAGCGAUUUCGAAGCAGCCAUGCAAAAAUUCAGCGCAAAGCCAACGACGGGGUUUCGAGACUGGAUGAAGAUGGAGUUCAUGAGAGGCAAUAUAAAUACAUUUAUGGACAGCUUGGCACGCUACAAAGCAACGAUUAAUAUUGCUCUUGGAACUAUCACAAUGUCAGUCAGGCAUUCUUCUUCUAUGUUGAGCCGGGGCGAAACAAUGCUGACACCGUUUAGAAACACUUCUCAAAUCACGCGUGAAGUUCUCAAUGACUUCCACGAGAUGAUCAAGAAUACUGUUUACGAUCUACAUGUCCACCUUCAGCGUAUUGAGGAGGAAAUCAGCCACGAUCGACCACAGCGUACGAGUAUAAACAGUUCGACUUCUUCAGAAGCCGAGCUGGAGGACGAAAAGGACGUGAUCAAACAGUGCAUUCGCAUUUGUGAAGAUGCCGAAUCACAUCUUGAAUUCUUGCAACAUCAAGAUCCCCCUAUGCGCAUGUCUGGCGGUGUCGGCGACGUUUCCGAUGGUGACAUUGAAGCACAGCAGAUGACAUUCCGAGCAUUGAGUGAAAGCCGGGACAGGAUAGCCGAAACUAUUGGUCGCCUUCAAGAACGCCUCAACACAACACGCCACGAACGGCCUGAGCAGAUUUUGGAGAAGACGCGGUUGCAAGAAGACAUUGACGCACAGAAAAAGAGCCUCGAACUGUGCAGACGAGCUUCAGAACAAGUCUCCUUUCGAAAAGUGCAUACUUUUGGGGAAAUUGUUUCCGAACGGGACAGCGGCCAAGUCGUGGUCACUACACUUGCGGAUGUCUUUGAUGUCAAAAAGGUGCUGGCUGGCCAGUCAUCGACGCAAUUGGUCGGCUCUAUGACUGAUGAAACUCUUGUGAAAAUUGCAGGGCAGUUUCGAAACGAUAACCGUCCUGGCGCCCCGGAAGUAGAUGUCACAACACCAUCAUAUUCGCAUCUUACGGGCCAUCCUGACAUCUUGUCACCUUCAAGUCGGGCGACAAAUAAUGUUGAGCGCUCGCGAAAGACUGACAAACCAGUGUCUAAUUCCGUGAAAAAACGGACACUCGAAUAA